GCCGCCUCCUCCUGCCUCCUCCCACAGCUCUUCCUGUCCCGCUGUCGCAACACCCCUUCUGCACUCUCCCCUCCCCUCCCACCGCCUCUUUGCUUUACUGUUCUCGGAGUUCUCCGGACUCAGGCUCCGCUUCUGGCCUUCGGGGUUUGCGCUCCCAGGCACCAGGCCGUGAUCUCCGCCCCCGUCUCCACCUUCGAGGUCCCUACCCAAGGCCGGGGCUCCGCUGGCGACCUCCCGACCCCGCGCAACCUGGGACUCAGUCGCCGCCGGGUCCUGAUGGGGGAGUGAGAGGCCACAGCUGGCCGGACAUGGGCCUCCCCGCCGUGCCUGGCCUGCUGCCGCCGCUGGCGCUCCUGGCUCUGUUGGUGGAAAUAUACCCCUCAGGGGUUACUGGCCUGGUCCCUCCCCUCAGGGACCGGGAGAAAAGAGACAGUCUGUGUCCCCAGGGAAAAUACAGCCACCCUCAAAAUAAUUCCAUUUGCUGUACCAAGUGCCACAAAGGGACCUACCUGCACAAUGACUGUCUCGGCCCAGGGCUGGACACAGACUGCAGGGAGUGCGAAAAUGGUACCUUCACUGCUUCAGAGAACCACCUCAGACAGUGCCUCAGCUGCUCCAAAUGCCGGAAGGAAAUGAACCAGGUGGAGAUCUCCUCUUGCACAGUGGACCGGGACACUGUAUGUGGCUGCAGGAAGAACCAGUAUCGGAAAUACUGGAGUGAGACGAGUGAGACUCGUUUCCAGUGCUUGGACUGCAGCCUCUGCAUCAACGGCACAGUGCAUCUCCCCUGCCAGGAGAGACAGAACACCGUGUGUACCUGCCACACGGGCUUCUUUCUGAAAGAGAACGAGUGCAUGUCCUGUGUGAAGUGUAAGAAAGACGCAGAGUGCACGAAGUUGUGCCCAUCCCCAACCCAAAGCGUGACGGGCCGACAGGACCCAGGGGCCACAGUGCUGCUGCCCCUGGUGAUCUUCCUCGGUCUUUGCCUUUUAUCCCUCCUAUCCAUCGGUUUCCUGUGCCGCUACCGACGGUGGAAGCCCAAGCUCCGCUCCAUUGUUUGUGGGAAAUCGACACCUGUAAAAGAGGGGGAGCCUGAGCCCCUGGCCCCAACCCCAAGCUUCAGUCCCACCGCGGCCUUAAGUGUCAUCCCGGGCUACAGUCCCGUCUCCAGCUCCACCUUCACCCCCAUUCCCAAUUUCACGCCUAGUGACUGGCGCAAUUUCAGUGCUGCAUCGCCCCCCAGAGAGAUGGCUCCACCCUACCAAGAGGCGGGCCCCAUCCUCACCGCAGUUCCACCCUCCAGCCCCCUCUCCACCCCUGUUCAGAAGUGGGAGGACAGCGCCCACACGCAGCGCCCAGAUACCGACCCGGCCACGCUGUACGCCGUGGUGGACGGCGUGCCCCCGUCGCGCUGGAAGGAGUUCAUGCGGCGGCUGGGGCUGAGCGAGCACGAGAUCGAGCGGCUGGAGCUGCAGAACGGGCGCUGCCUGCGCGAGGCGCACUACAGUAUGCUGGCGGCCUGGCGACGGCGCACGCCGCGGCGCGAAGCCACGCUGGAGCUGCUGGGCAGCGUGCUCCGCGACAUGGACCUGCUCGGUUGCCUGGAGGACAUCCAGGAGAAGCUGUGUGCCCCCGCCUCCCACUCGCCCGCGCCCCGCCUUCCCCGAUGAGGCCCAGCCCCCGCCCCCUGAGAGGGGGCUGCCUUGAGGACAGCUGCUUUCUGCCCCCUGGACAGUCCGGAGGGACGGUGCAGGAUGCCCCCUGGACUUCCUUGUUUCUGGAGAAGAAGGGUCUUGGAGGGGCAGGCAUGAUCUAGCAGCCACCUCCUUGGUGCUACUCCCUCGGUGUACAUAGCUUUUUCUCAGCCGCCUGAGGGUCAGCCGUGUGUGUGUGUGUGUGUGUGUGUGUGUGUGUGUGUGUGUGUGGUGGUGAGAAAGGCUUGGGGUGUGUGUUCUUGUGAGAGAGGCUGAGUGUGCCAGGAGCCCAAGCCGGUGACUGUGGGGAUAAAAGGUGCCAUCCGUCGCUGCCUGUUUUGGGUUUGGAAAACCUAGCAAGGAUGCUUAGGGGCCUGUGGUUGGUCCCUGAGCAUUUUUCACAGUAGAUAAGCAAUCUUUGUACCAAUUAUGUUACACUAUAGAAACUUGGCACGCCUUUGCCCCCUGCCUGGACAAGCACAGAGUAAGAGAACUGUCACAAGGCGGGGGCAAGCACAGAACAAUGGGGCCUCAGGCUGGAGCUGUGGACUUUUGUAAAUACACUAAAACUCUGGAAUUAAAGCUGUGCUGCCGAGGGA